AUGCGCAGCUUCCUCGAGCGAGCCUACACGGCAUUCUACGUGAACGUGACGGUGACACACCAGUACAACUACAGCCUCGAGUUCAGCCGCACACCCGCCGAGGUGCGUAGCCACGUGUUGAAAGAACUACACGGGCGCGUCGCCCUCUUCGCCGCUCUCUUCAAGUUGCUCAGCAACGGGGUGCUGGUCGGGUUCCUCUAUGUCGCGUACGGGGCGACGCAGUACCGUUACCGGUACCUGCAUGAGGACGACUUCGACAAUUACUAUAUCACCUGGUUGGUAGAAGCCAUCGACAAACGCCGGGCGCUUAAGGGUCUGGAGGCACUGCUGCCGCUGAAGACGUACGAGAGGCGCAGCUUCGUGGCGCCUUUCUCAGCGCGCAUGACUCGCCACGAGCUGCAGGGUCUCUGGGAGCACCUCUGGACUCUCGCCAUCAGCGCCGCGCACACGGCAGUCGCCCUGCUGUUGGACUACACCCUCUUUCGGCUCGUCGCGUUCGUGAGAGCGCUCGGCAAGAUCAACGUCGGCGCCGGACUGCCCACACAAAUGAAGCUGCACGUUCAAGGCCGGGGCCCGUUGGCUGACAUGUACCGACAAGUUGCGGACUCCCUCAGCCCGUCGAGCCUCCUCGAGUCCACAUUGCCAGCCACCAACGUACAGAACUGUCUGCUGAGGCCAUACCCGCCGGACGUCGAUAUGUAUCAGUGGAUAGGCGUAGUGUACCUCCUGGGGGUCGCCCUGAUCGUGGGCCAGACGUACGGGCUGCGGCUGCGUCACGUGGUGGCGUCCGCCUUCCACCCGGACCGGGAGCGCGCCCGGGCCGCCUGGCUGCACGCGCACGUGCUCUCGCUGCGCACCGGUUGGCUGACGGGGGCCCGCAGGGCGCUGCGACUGCGCUGGGACGCCAGCGAGGGCAGGGCGCCCGGCCUGGUGGACAUGCUGCUCGCGCGACUCCCUGUGGUCCGGAAAGCGUUAAAUCUCGUCGGUAUACGUCGAAAGCACUGUCUCUCUUGCGGAACUUCCGGUGCAAUGGACGAUGAGGAAGCUUUCCGCCAAUGUUCGACACCGACAUGUAGGGCCGUCUACUGCGCGGAUUGCUUCGAGGAGCUCGAGAACGUGUGCACGGUCUGCUUAAACCCGGCUGACUACGGAGACCUGUCCGACGUCAGCGAAGAGAAGGACUCGAGUGAAGUCGAGUGCGAUGAAGGAGACUCGAGCGAAUCCGACGAGUUCGAGACGAUUCGCGACUUUCUUCGACGGAGGUCUUCCGCUACUGCUCGCAUGGCCGAGGGAACUUGGGGCGUGGAAACACCGAGGCCGUUGCAAUCCUUGGACGUCUGAGCAGUCGUUGCAGCUAGUAUAUAGGUGCAAAGGAACAAUAACUGUGUCAAUUUGUUUUCCUCUAAGAUACAGACCUGGUUCGUCUGUACUUUCAAACGUUGAUCAACUCAAGGCUAGUACUCAGUCAUAUGCAGCAUCCGAAAUAUGUCUGAUUCUCUUUAAUGCUACAGUUUACUGUAAAUAUACCAG